CUUGGUGUUUGGGUAGGACCUACACUGUGUGUUUGGGUAGGACCUAUUCUAUGUGUUUUGGUAGGACCUACACCAGGUGUUUGGGUAGAACUUACAAUGAGCAUUUGUGUAGGACAUACAUCACGUGUUUGGGUAGGAUAUACAUUGUGUGUUUCUGUAGGACCUACAGUACAUGGCCAUGUAGGACAUACACAAUGUGUUUGGACAGGAUCUACAAUAAGCAUUUGGGUAGGACCUACACUGAGUGUUUAGGUAGGGCAUACACUAUAUGCUUGGGUAGGACCUACAUGGGGUGUUUAGGUAGGAUCUAUGAGGAGCAUUCAGGUAGGCCCUGGAGUGGGUGUUUGGGUAGGACUUACAAUGAGCAUUUGUGCAUACACACCAUGAUGUGUAUACAGGAUACACACCAUGUGUUUGGGUCAGACUAACAAUAGCCAGUGUUUGUGUAGGACCUACAGAGCUGGAAGAGGCGGUAGGAGAACCUUCACAGGCAGAAGCACAACAGCUCUUUAGGAAAUGCAACUUCUUUUGUGCCCAUGGGGUGACACCAAGACUAGGAAGGAAAACAGGGCAGCAGCUGAUGGGCACUGCAUGGUGCCUUGGCUGAGCAUCCCCUGGUGGCCCCCUUCCUCCUCGAUACCAGCCUGAUGUCAGCACGAUACCACCCCAAUGCCACUGCAGCCCCACACUCCCCCGGCCAUCCCACACACAGGACCUAUCCCCACACCGUGUUCCCAAGCCCUGCAGUGACGCAGACGAUCUGAAAACCCUCCCGGUCCGCAGCGCCCUGGAUGCAGAUCCAUGUACUUAUAUGGCCUGCAAGAUGCGGUGGGACUAUGACCAGCGUCUGGAAAUCCAGAUAUGACUAGAUCCCUUCAUUAGUAAUUUCUUGUACAUGACUUUCUAGACCAUAGGGAUUUGUUAAAUUUGCAGGAGUGUUUUCUCACAGUGCCACGGACUGGCUGCUGCCAGCAUACAUUGGCUCGGAUCUGUCAGAUCCUGUUGCCUUAUAUGACCCGCCGUUAAUUCCGCUUUUCUUUGUAUCCAGCCCUCAGCGGGGAACUCCUCGAGCAGUCUCAGCGUGGAUCAUGCUAAAAUGGUUCCCCGGCCCUCCUGCCAUAAAACAACUGCCCACACAGUGAAAGGGGGGAUGCGGGGGGUGGAUGCAGCUCUCCCUCCCCACCGCCCCGCUCCUCUCCAGAUGCUUCCUCCAUCCCUGAGCUCCGGUGCCGAAGCGAAACUCAUCCUAUAAAACCCAUCCCAUGAAACUCAGCCCUACAAAAGUCGUCCUGCAAAAUGGUCCUGGAAGGACCGAACUUUCUCCCAUUGCCCCCACACUGUGGAUACAGCAGUGUUCCACGGGCGUACCCCACUCUGUGGGUUAAUCAUUGGCUGCUCUGCAGGUCCAGGGGUGCCAAUGGGGCCAGGAGGACUUUCCCCUCCCUGGUGACCUCUUGAAACUUUGCCCUCUCUUUAUGGGGGCCAUAAAGGUUAUUUUUUAAUAGCACCCCAGCAGGGUCCCCUGUGCUCUGCAGCAGGAUCCUUGGCCUGGGGACAGCAGGCAUUGCUGCUCUUUGCCCUCGUGAGGUUUUGGAAGGUUGGGGUGGGUUGGGAUAAGGCAUCAGGGUGCCGAGCACCACCAUACUGGCUGCCCUCAGCUUUGCACCUCUGUGAGCCCUUAUGCACAUCCUAAAGCCUAUAGCAUUGCCUGGGCAAGAUUUCCAGCUGGAAAGAGAAUACCCACCUAAGGAGCAUAGGGCAUCCCGCUGAGCCUGCAGUUCCGUAUCUGCCACUGACAGAGAUAAGGAGCCAUCACCUCCCAUACAGCCCCCAGCUCUCUGCUUGUUAAAUACCUGCUCAAAGCUCCCCUUUCCUUACAGGCAGCUUUUCCUAUCAGCGUUUUCUCCGGCCCUUAAACGUGCUCUGAACCAAAGCACUUCUGUCUGUUGCAACGAUUCGCCAUGUUAUUGGAAACCCCAAAUUGAAACCCAUCGAGUGGGUGACAUGGCAAUGGGCUACGGGUGAGGGGUCAGCUGUGCUGAAAACACUUCUCUUUCCUUUUUUUUCUAUUGGUGAGAAGGACAGGGCAUCCCUUCUGCCCCAUAGCACAGGGUAAGGGAGGAGAUGGGAGCAGGAGGAGCCCCACGGCCACCCCACUUGCUAUGGGGAACCCCAUUGCACAUCCCAGCCCACAUCAACCCCCAGCACUCAGGGAUAUCAGGUCAACCCCCGUGCAUCCUUGUGGUCCCAAAAUGGCAAUCUCCUGCCCUGGUCACGUGGAAAGGACAACCCUGAGCCUCUGCUGCCAAGGAUGGAGCAUCCCCUGCUCCAAGCCCACCAACCCUCAAGGCCCUCUGCCCUUUAUUUUGCAGUCCGAGGUGGCUCAGCACAACGUGACCCCAUCGCCGUGCCCGAAGGCGCUCCCUCCAACGCACCUCCUAUCGACGUUGCCCCGAUUUCCAGCAUCGCUGUGUUGAAAAAUGGCAGGGAAGGGUUUGGCAACGCGGCCGCGCGCGGAUUAUUCAACAAUUGUUUCCCAUUUUGCGCCCUCGCCUGCCUCAUCCUCCAGUAACAAUGACGAAGAGCGGCGCGGAGCCAGCGCCCGCGGCAGGGGUGUUGAGAUCAGGGACAGCACAAAAAUAUCUUCUCUCUGGAACAAAUAUUUACCAACCCUUCUGCCUUUUGUUCUUGUGGUUCUCAUAUUUUUUUUCCAGACAUUCACUGGCAAAAUGUCACAUUAAACAGCAACCCAGAAACUUCGGGGUAGCAGCUUGGCUGCUCUGGGUUUUGUUUUUCUCGCGCGCUAAUUGUUAAUGAAUUUCCAGCCAUUCAAGCCAACACAAACCUGUGAGAAAAAGAUCUUUGCGGCCUGAAUUCGGGGCUUCACAGGGCAUCGUGAAGGUUGGGCAACGCGUGCAUGGUACCAAAGCCAUGGUGAGCCCAGAGCUGUCCCCAUCCGGGCAGAGCCGGCAGCGCUCAGCCACGUCCUGCUGCGCACACGCACAGGGAACCCUCCCAGCAUUGGUACUGCUGACGGGUUCUGGCUCUGGGGUUGCAGAUGGGGGAAAGUGGGUCUAUGUCACUGCGUUCCCCUCGGUCCCAGCACCACCGCCGGCCCCAUGGGCUGCUCUGCUGCCCCACGGCAGCUGCCCUUUGAUCUCUUCAAGACCCAAAAAGCCUCGCAUCCAAUUUUUAUGGUUUCCAAACAGGAGCGCAGGGGUCAUUUAUUGCACUGAAAGAAGUGGAAGGGGGGUGGUAAGGAGAAAAGCCUCCUGGUCCAUCAGCUCCUAUUUCCUGUUAAAAAUUAACUGCUGCCAUAAAAUCCCCAACACACGGUGGAGCACAGCUCAGCACCAGCCCCUGCGUUGCUGUGCCACUGCCACCAUCCUGUCUCCUGCUUGGGGAUGGCAUUGCCACCACCCACCAGCACCCGCUGCCUCCUGCCCCUCUCACUGGGCCUGUUCCAGGCUGCCCUGCUGUUCUUCUUCGCCCUCUUCUUCACCUAUGACGAGCACUCAGCUGCAGCCACAAACUCAGAGGACGCCGAGCAUGCACCCAAGCAGCUCCACAGCACCUUUCCCUUCUUCCAGGACAUCCAGGUGAUGCUGGUGGUGGGGCUGGGGCUGUUGCUGGCUUUCCUGCCCCGCUACGGGCUCAGCGCAUUGACCCACAACUUUCUCCUGCUCAAUGUCUCAGCACAGUGGGCUCUGGUGCUGCAGGGUCUGCUGCACCGCCUGCACCACAGCAAAGCACUUCUGGGGCUCCACAGCAUGCUCAGUGCUGAGUUUGCUGCCGUCACUGUGCUCAUCUCAGUGGGAGCCGUGCUGGGCAGGACGAGUCCCUGCCAGCUGCUGGCCAUGGCCAUCUGCGAGGUGCCCAUCUACCUGGCCAGUGAGUGGCUCAUCAUCACCCGGCUGGGUGUCCUUGAUGUGGGUGGCACCAUCACCAUCCACAUCUUCGCCUGUUACUUUGGCCUCGGCGUGUCCAAAGUGCUGUUUGGGAAUGCAAAGCCAACGGUGCAUCCUAAAGAGACCCCAACGCCGCGCUCCGACCUCCUGGCCCUGCUGGGAGCGCUCAUCCUCUGGGUGUUCUGGCCCAGCUUCGUGGCUGUGCUGUGCCAACCAGAGGAUGCCCAGCACCGUGCCAUCCUGCACACCCUGCUGGCAUUGAGUGCCAGUGCCAUCACCACUGUGCUGAUCUCCAUCCUGCUGGAGAAUGACGGCAAGCUGAACGCGGGUCACCUGCAGAAUGGCAGCCUGGCGGGCGGUGUGGCCAUCGGUGCAGUGGCCGACAUGCACAUCACUCCAGCAGCAGCCUUGGCACUGGGCAGUCUCUCCUCACUGCUGUGCAUCCUGGGCUUCCAGUUCCUCACCCCGCUCCUGGCAAAGAAGCUGGCGCUUCAGGACCGCUGUGGGAUCCACAACCUGCAUGGCUUGCCCGGCAUCCUUGGCGCAGUGGCCAGUGUUGUGGCUGCUUUGGUGGCCCCUGGGGAUGGCAGCGAGGCAGCAAGGCACAGGCAGGCACAGUGGCAAGCAGCUGGGCUGAUGGUGGCUCUCGGUGGCUCGCUGCUCGCCGGGAUGCUGGUGGGUGCUGCACUGCGCCUGCCCUGCCUGGCCCCACCGCCUGAACCACUGUGCUUUGAGGAUGCACUGUACUUUAAGCUCCAGGAGCGGGCAGAGACCCCCCCAGCUCUGGGCAGCAGCACUGAGGUGGACCGCCUGGCCAUGAAGGAGUGCGUGUAGACACCAAAUG